CCUGUGUAAUAAGACCGUGCUGGCAACACUAGUUUUAAUGUCAAGUGAAAGUGACACAUUAUUUAGUUUAUUUGAGAUAAUAAACGAAAAACACAAUAGUCUUUGCAAUAGUUAACAAAAACGCCUAAAAUACAUAAAAAAUGCUCGAAGUAACAUGCAACGAUCGUUUGGGUAAAAAAGUGAGAGUAAAAUGUAACCCCGAUGACACUGUAGGAGAUUUGAAGAAACUUAUAGCGGCACAAACUGGUACUAGGUACGAUAAGAUUGUUCUAAAGAAAUGGUACACAGUUUUUAAGGACCACAUCAAACUAUCGGAUUAUGAAAUACACGAUGGCAUGAACUUGGAAUUAUACUAUCAGUAACAGUGUUUAUUAUUAAAUCUUCUAUUUAUAAGUAACUACUAAUGUGUAAAUAAAAAUAAGUUCAAA